UCGAUCCUAUGAAGCUGAAACCAUAGAACUAUAGACGUAGUCGACUGAGGAAACGAGUUUAUGUUGGUUAACCAGUUGCCUUUUAUAAUACAUUGAAUCUAUACAAUUUAUAUUAAAGUCAAACCACUCCGAUUUUUAAGAGAGACUGGUAGUGUGCAUGCAAGUUGUUUGACCCCUCAAGAGCCAGAACGAGACGGCGAACGCAAAGGCCUGCGCGAGGGUAGCAUCAGCGCAGGAGAAGGGGCCAGACUCGAGUGAAUCUGGAGUGUCAGCCCAGCUCAGGCACCUUGGCAGGAUAUACCCAAUGGAUCCAGAGAGGCACAGUCGACAGAGGCAGUAUGAAGAACCAGAGAGGUACAGUCGGCGGAGGGAGUACGGAGAACCGAGCUCAGGACAAUGGGACGAUGACCUUGAAAAGAGAGGCAACGGCCAGGGUAUGGCCAGAGAGCCCUACAGUGAAUACUCCAGCAUGAGGAGGACUAGAGAAGGUUGGGAAGAGUAUGGUGCUUCCUCUGCUAUGAACUACAGCAUGGACCCAUCGUCCAGAGACUGGAGCAAAGGCUCAUUGAGGGGUAGCGGUGCUCCCUUCUCCCCAGACACAGAUGAUGGAGAUCCUGUGGAGCCCAGUGUGGAGGACAUGGAGCUCGCUCGUAAGAAGAAGGAGCUGGAGGUCAUACAGGAAAAGAUAGCUCGCAAGAAAGCUGUUCUUGCUAUGCAAAAGGUUAAACAGGGAGCUAAGGACAAUAAUGUUGCGGACAAGUCGUCACACCUACCUCUUAAACGGAGGGUGCUGGACAUUGUGAGUAAGCUCAGAAGAACACCGGUAGGUUACCUACUUCGUCAGGAUACCCCUGCCAAGCCGAAAAAACGAGCCCCGGAGAUGAUGAUUAGCGCUCCCCUAGAAAAUGAAGAGGCCCAUCCUCUGAGAUUGAGAGUGAGGGCUUUAACGAACCAACGACGCUAUCCCAACAAUGAGGAGGUGGACCCUAAUGAUAAACAACAUAAUCCAACCAUUAAGAGACCAGUUCACUCACUCAGGACACAGGAGCAAGACAUAGCAGCCACAGGCUUCCAGCGCUUCCUCAAUGUCCUCAACGAAGGGGUGGACAUCAACAAGCUCUCAAAGAUCGUCAACAAUGUAAAUGAGUUACCCGUUGUGGGCGAGGAGCUACCACAAGUUUGGCCCACUCUGCUCGAGGGUAAUGUUGACUCCAGCAGUAGAUCCAAGUCUUCUCCGGUUGAGGAGAAGAAGGUGGUGGGGCUUGAAGAUGAGCAGCGGUACGAGCGGAUGCAGACCCUGCUGGAGAUCGUUGGGCUGGACCUGGGGGUUGAGGAGUUGGGUCGGCUGACAGACAGGACCAAUGAUAGGCUGUACGGGAAGAUGGGAGACUUGAAAAGGAAGGAGAAUGGAGAGGAGAGAGAGCCCUCAUUUAAACAUCUCAGUACUUCCUCAUUACCAUCAGACAGCACCAGCCCUAGCCCCCUUCUAAACCAGCACUCAAACAUGACCGUUGAAUACAGUAGCUCUAGUAACAGGGUAUGGGACAUAGAGAGACACAGGGACAGAUCUGAGAGAGACUGGCACAGACACUCUAGUACCAGAGACCGGGACGAGGAUAUAGUCAGAGAAAGGGACAAAUCUGAAAGAGAUGGAGAGAGAGAUGGGCACAGACACUCUAGUACCAGAGAGAGAGACAAGGACCUACCAGUAGUCAGAGAAAGGAACAGAUCAGAAAGGAACGGAGAGAAAGACUGUGACAGAUCUGAGAGAGACAGGGACAGAUACAGAUCUGAGCAACACAGAGACCCAGAGAAAGACAGGGACGGAGGCCGAGAGAAAGACCGGGACAGAUCUGAGAGAGACAGGGACCCAGAGAAAGACAGGGACGGAGAACGAGAGAAAGACCGGGACAGAUCUGAGCGAGACAGGGACAGAUACAGAUCUGAGAGAGAUAGGGACAGAGAACCAGGGAAAGGCAGGGACGGAGGCCGAGAGAAAGACUGGGACAGAGUGAGAGAUGGGGACAAAUCUGAGAGGGACAGGAACCGAUACAGAUCUGAGAGAGACAGAAACCGAGAGAUAGACAAGGACAUAGACAGGUGGCUGCAAAGGACCAGAGACGGGGACAAACCUUCUAGGACCAGAAACUGGAACAGCGAGAGUGACUGGGACAGCUACUCUAGUACUAGAGACUGGGACAUAGAGAGAUCUGAGAGGAAUAGGUAUGGGGAUGAGUCCAGGGAAAGCUCCAUUGAGCUCAACUCAUACUCCAUGAACCCUAUAUACCCUGUUUCUCAUCCUCCUCAUGCAUCUAUGAUGGCAACCUGCUCCACCACCCAGUACUCUCAGUAUAUGGCAUACCAGAGCAGCCCCUACACCAUCGCCUUCCCUCCAGGGUGGGGUUAUCCCCCUGGUACCAUGCCCCCUUGUACCAUGCUUCCUGGUAUUAUGCCCCCUGGUACCAUGCUUCCUGGAAUCAUACCCACUGGUGCCAUGCUGCCUGGUAUAAUGCCCCCUGGAAUCAUGCCUGCUGGUGCCAUGCUGCCUGGUAAAAAGCCCCUCCUACCUAACGCCCCUGGGGAUCUACCCUACACCAACUUCCCCCCAUAUUACUCUAAUGGCACCACAGCCUUAAACCAGACAUACGCAUACACCCAGCCUGCUAGCAACCUCCAGCUUUCCAUCACUCCAGCAGGUAACCGCAAGGAAAGGAGACGGAAGAAGGCAGAAGCCUUAGCGAAAUUGUCCUGUCAGAUGGCGACAAAGAAGUCCCCCCCCAAAUUGCAAGUCUUCCGACAAGCUUGGAAAGACAGUACCAUGCAAUAUCGAAAAGCCCUCACUGCUGCUCGAUCAACCUACUUGAUCAACCUGACUGAGAAUAAAAAAAAUCCAAAAUGUAUUUCUGAUGCUGUCGAAAAGCUAACUAAAAAGCAGCAUUCCCCAGCACCCAAAAUGGAAGGGGAGGGAGGAACGACAGAAGGUGAGGAACUGCUUGCAGACACAAUAGAGAAACUGCUUCCUCAGGUGGCUACAAAUGACUCUGGGCUUCUCUCUGAACCAGGGCCCAAGAAAGAACCAGAAAGAGAGGAAGAAACUUAGUUCGAAGAGGAGAAACUGCUUGCAGAUCAUGUGGAGAAAGUGUCUGUAAAGGGCCCUCGCGUCCUCUUGGAACCAAAGGCUGAGAAAGACCGAGAAGGAGAGGACGACGCAAUUAUAGAUGGACGCUGUGGAGAAAGCGGCUACAACGGGCCCUGGCUUCCUCUCUGAACCAGAGGCUGAGAAAGAGACAAGGGGAGAAACAACCGCUAAGUACCUUUAGCGCCUAUUGACGAUAGUAUCUUCUGGCCGGGGCACUAAACGUUAACACGCAUUGCUUGCAGUACGAUUUUGGAAACAUAAGUAACUAUCUUUCAUAUCGGCGAAAAAAAAGUAAAAAUACAACGCACCUUUAUUGGGUUAGGGUUCCCACAUGGCCAUAUUUUCAUGUUACAGUGCUUGUUUACGGAAAACAGACGGAAGACAGUCGACUACCUGUGCUAGUUAGCUAUCUGCGUCUCCAAACACCUGUGUGUAAACGGAAGAUGGACACCACAAACGUGUUGUCACUGAAAAAUACUGUCGGCUGCAACUCUUUUAAAAGCGGUUAUAACAGUAGAGUAAGUGUAUAUUUUGCAUAUGAAAGUAGAUGGCUUUGUUUCAGGCUCCCGUGUGGCGCAAUGGUCUAGCUGUGCCACUAUAGAUCCUGGUUCGAAUCCAGGCUCUGUCGUAGCCGGCCGCGACCGGGAGACCCAUGGGGCGGCGCACAAUU